CCUCCGAAGGAGCCGGAGGUGGAGAAAAGGGAGGAGGGCACGAGCGAGGCGAAGCCAGAGGCUGGGCGCGCCCGCCGAGAGGAGCCCGAAGAAGAGGACGACGACGAAGACGACCUCAAGGCCGUGGCCACCUCGCUAGACGGCCGCUUUCUGAAGUUCGACAUCGAGCUAGGCCGAGGCUCCUUCAAGACCGUCUACAAGGGGCUGGACACGGAGACCUGGGUGGAGGUCGCCUGGUGCGAACUGCAGGACCGGAAGCUUACCAAGCUGGAGCGGCAGCGAUUUAAGGAGGAGGCCGAGAUGCUGAAAGGCCUGCAGCACCCCAACAUCGUGCGGUUCUAUGACUUCUGGGAGUCCAGCGCUAAAGGCAAGCGCUGCAUCGUGUUGGUGACAGAGCUGAUGACUUCGGGGACGCUGAAGACGUACCUGAAACGGUUCAAGGUGAUGAAGCCCAAAGUUCUCCGCAGCUGGUGCCGGCAGAUCCUGAAAGGCUUGCUGUUUUUGCACACGAGGACGCCACCCAUUAUCCACCGAGAUCUGAAAUGUGACAAUAUUUUUAUCACUGGACCUACCGGGUCUGUGAAGAUCGGCGACUUGGGCCUGGCUACCCUCAAAAGAGCUUCAUUUGCCAAAAGUGUGAUAGGUACCCCCGAGUUCAUGGCGCCUGAGAUGUACGAGGAGCACUACGACGAGUCUGUGGAUGUCUAUGCCUUCGGGAUGUGCAUGCUGGAGAUGGCCACCUCAGAGUACCCCUACUCGGAGUGUCAGAACGCGGCCCAGAUCUACCGGAAGGUCACCUGUGGUAUCAAGCCAGCCAGCUUUGAGAAAGUGCAUGAUCCUGAGAUCAAGGAGAUUAUUGGAGAGUGUAUCUGUAAAAACAAAGAGGAAAGGUAUGAAAUCAAGGACCUCCUGAGCCAUGCUUUCUUCGCGGAGGACACAGGGGUUAGAGUGGAGCUGGCAGAGGAAGACCAUGGCCGGAAGUCCACCAUUGCCCUCCGACUCUGGGUGGAAGACCCCAAGAAGCUGAAAGGGAAGCCCAAGGACAAUGGGGCCAUAGAGUUCACCUUUGAUCUUGAGAAGGAGACACCGGAUGACGUGGCGCAGGAAAUGAUUGAAUCUGGAUUCUUCCAUGAGAGUGAUAUGAAGAUUGUGAGCAAGUCGAUCCGAGACCGGGUGGCACUGAUCCAGUGGCGGCGGGAGAGAAUCAGACCUGCCCUGCAACCCUCGGAGACGCUGGCCACUGAAAGCCUGGACAAGGCCCGGGGCCCCAAGGCGCCAUUGCAGGUCCAGGUCACAUAUCAUGCUCAAGGUGGGCAUCCGAUCCCCAUGGAAACAGAGGAGCCCGAGGCUGACCAGCACCUCUUCCCACCCAAGCUCCCAGCCAGCGCCACCUCCCUGGCAUCAGACAGCACGUUCGACAGUGGCCAAGGCUCCACUGUGUACUCAGACUCGCAGAGCAGCCAGCAGAGUGUGGUGUACAGCUCCAUCCCAGACACCCUGCCCUGCGUCUACAGCCCCCCGGUGAGUGAGGGGCCUAGCCUGCCGAACAGCCUGCCUACCCUGGGUGCCUACCAGCAGCCCACUGUGCCUCAGCCACUCGCCCAGCCGGCACCCCUCCAGCCAGUCCUGGCCUCACAGUCCCUGGGCUCACUCCAGCCGGUGCCCCCGCACCUGCCCCAGCACCUGCCUCCGUACCUGCCUCCGACUGCUCAGGUGAUAACCCCCACACCACUGAAGCCCCUCCAGAUGCCACAGGUGUCCUUGCCUCUGCUUGCUCAAGUUCCAGCUCCUCAGAUGCCUCAGCUUCCUGUCAUUCCUCCAGCCACUCCCCUGGCAGGGCCUGACAACCUCCCUCCAGCCCUCUCUGACUUACCAGCUGCCAGCCUGCCCUCAGUGCCGCCGCCACCACCUCAGUAUUUCUCUCCAGCUGUGAUCUUGCCAAGCCUCCCACUUAAUCCCACUGCUCCCUUGCCCACUUCUCCAGCCCUGCCAUUGCAAGGAGUAAAGCUACCCCACACCCCCCUUGCCCCUAUGGCAGUGCCCUGCCGGACCAUUGUGCCAAAUGCGCCAGGCGCCGCCGCUGCCAUCCCGCUGCUGGCUGUGGCUCCACAGAACAUGGCCACCUUGUCCAUCCACCCUGGUGUAUCCCAGCUGCCCGGUCAGAUGCCCCUGCAGCCUAUGUAUCCCACAGCCUUCUCCCACCUCGUGCCGAGCGAAGUGCCCUCUUCUCCCCAUCAUGCUCCAAGUCUUCGGGUGGUGCCUCAGCAACUGCAGCCAGCACCACCCCAGCCACAGAUGUCCCAGCUGCAGAUGCCCACAGUUCCUCAGCCCCCCCAGCCAAGCAUCAGCCAUCUCUCUGAGCAGACUGCUCUGGCGGCUGGGGCAGGGACCCAGGUCCUCCUGGGGCCCCCACCCCCAUAUACAGUGGACACCACAGCCCUGGGCUCCUCUGUGCCUGGGCCACCCACAGCUGUUCUCUCUCCGCCGCUGCUGGACCUCCUGCCCCCAUUGGUUGCCCCGGAGAUCCUGCCACAGCUGUCCAGCUCCCUGGCCUCCACGGUAAUGACAACUGUCCAGAACCUGCCCUCUCAGACCACUGCACUUCUGCCUCCUGCAACCCCACCACUGCCUGCUAGGGCCAUGGUGGCCACCCCCUGCCCUGCCAUUCAGUUGACAGUGGAACCAGCCCAAGAGGAACAGGUGGUGCAGGACAAGCAGCCGGGCUACCUGCAGAGUUGUGAGAGCCAUGGAGGCGCUGAUCCCACUUCUGGAAAGGAGAUGACCGACGGCUGUGAAGGUGCGUUUGGCGGUGGGAAGCUCGAAGGCAAGGCCUCCAAGAAACACCACAGGAAAUCCACCCGCACCCGCUCCCGCCAGGAGAGAGCCAGCCGGCCCCGACUGACCAUCCUGAACGUGUGCAACACAGGCGACAAGAUGGUGGAGUGCCAGCUGGAGACGCACAAUCACAAGAUGGUGACGUUCAAGUUUGACCUGGACGGCGAUGCUCCCGACGAGAUCGCCACCUACAUGGUGGAACAUGACUUCAUUCUGCAGUCUGAGAAAGAGACAUUUAUUGAGCAGAUGAAAGACAUCAUGGAUAAGGCAGAGGACAUGCUCAGUGAGGACACAGAUGGAGACCGCGGGUCCGACCCUGGCACGAGCCCUCCAUACUACAGUGCCUAUGGCCUGCAUGCAAGUGAAGAAAAUCAACACUCCCAAGCCAAUGCCCCAGUCUACCAGCAGAAUGUCCUGCAUACUGGAAAGCGGUGGUUUAUCAUUUGUCCAGUAGCUGAAAACCCAGCGACAGAGGCUCCCGACUCUUCACCCCCACCCCUUGUUAGCUCCCUGAAGCCAGAUGCAAGCCAAGAUCCAAUUCCCUGUGCAGACCAGCCGUCCUCAAGGGAACCACCCAGCCUUCCAACUGGCCCCCAGCUUCUGAACCAUACCUGCCUCAGCGAAUCCCCCAGCACAGCACUCCCCACUGUGCUACCUUCUUCCCUGCCCAUAACUGACUCUCCGCAAGGCCUGGUGGUGCCAGCACCCACCACUAUGUCAGAGCCAGCAACAGAGACUUCUAUCCAGGCAAGGAGUGCUGGGACCUCUCAAGGGCCAGGCAGAGAGCAGGAAAUGCCCUCAACAGUUAUGGACACCCUUGAUAUUCAGCAUGCUGCACAGGCCCUUGGCACCAGCCAAGAACCCUGUGCCCAACAUCUGGAAGAUUUAACCUCAGUCCUGGAAGCCAGUGCUCAGGGGGAACCCCUGCCAACCUUAGUGUCUGAGCCUAGCCCUCCAAGCCUUGCCACCUCCCAGCUCUCUAGUCCCCCACUAGGGCCUGCCGCCCCUGCCCAGCUCCCUGCGGCCUUGGAAUCUGAUGGGGAAGGGCCGCCCCCCAGGGUGGGCUUUGUGGACAACACGAUAAGGAGCCUGGACGAGAAGCUGCGCACCCUGCUCUACCAGGAACACAUCCCCACAUCUUCUGCCUCAGCGGGGACCCCGGUGGAGCUCGGAGACAGAGACUUCAUGCUGGAUACGCCCCCCUCAGUACCUGCUGACAUGCUCCCAGGGCCUGCUCUGCUGCCCCAGCCAUUGCAGGAAAAGUCGGAAAUGGCACCAGAGCAAGUGAGUGUGCUGGAGCAGGAGCAGACUUCUCCAGGAACAGAGCUAUCCCUCAGCAGCACCCAGGGUCCUGGCAAAUGGGCAGCGCUGGACCUGACCUCUGUGCCCACCCCGCUCCAGGAGACCGCGGCUUUGGGGCCCCCCGUGCAUUUGGAGUCCACAGACUGGCCCAACAAGACCCCCAGGGAGACCUUGAUGGAGCCCACACCACACGCCACUGGAACACUAGCCACGGAGGUUGAGGCUGGCCACCCUCGGACCCAUGGCUCCUUGGACUCAGGCUCCCCAUGGAAGCGCCCGGGGCAGCAGAGCAUCAGCUCACCAGCCAAAACCGUGGGCCGUUUCUCAGUAGUCAGCAUGCAGGACGAGUGGACCAUGGCCUCGCCUCACAGCCUGCGCUACUCAGCCCCACCUGACGUCUACCUGGACAUGCUGCCUACCAGUCCCGAAGUGAAACUGGUGGUGCGGCGCGUGCAGACGGCCUCCUCUAUUGAGAUUGGUACCGGAGAGCCUAUGUCCAGCGACUCCGGGGAUGAGAGCCCGCGGAAGAGGCCCCCAGUACAGAAGCAAGCCUCCCUACCCAGCAGCAACAGUGUGGCUAGUGAUUUCGUCAAGAAGGCCAGUGCCUUCCUGCAUCGAUCCUCAAGGACGGGCUCACUGGGCCCAGACACACCGAGCCGUCCCAGCAUAAAGGUCCCUACCAUCAGCGUCACCUCGUUUCACUCCCAGUCAUCCUACAUCAGCAGCGACAAUGACUCAGAGUUCGAGGAUGCUGACAUAAAGAAGGAGCUGCAGAGCCUGCGUGAGAAGCACCUAAAGGAGAUUUCAGAGCUGCAGACCCAGCAAAAGCAGGAAAUCGAGGCCCUCUACCGCCGCCUGGGCAAGCCGCUGCCCCCCAAUGUGGGUCUGUUCCACACAGCACCCCCUACUGGCCGCCGGAGAAAAACCAGCAAGGGCAAACUGAAGGCGGGGAAGCUACUCAACCCCCUGGUACAGCAGCUCAAGGUCGUGGCAUCCAGCACAGGUCAUUUGUCAGACUGCAGCAGAGGCCCUCCUGCUAAGGACCCCACCCAAGGGGGAGCAGGGCCUGCUGCAGAAAGCCCAGCGGUGCCCCCGGCUCCAGACCCAGGUGGCAAGGCAGUCCACACCCAGCAGCCCUGCUCCGUGAGAGCCUCCCUGUCUUCCGACAUCUGCUCCGGCUUAGCCAGUGAUGGAGUCGGAGCGCCUGGCCAAGGCUGGACGGUUGCCCACCAAACGUCUGAGAGAGUGGCCUAUAAAUCUAGUAGCAAACCUCGUGCCCGAUUCCUCAGUGGACCUGUGUCUUUGUCCAUCUGGUCAGCCCUGAAACGUCUCUGCCUAGGCAAAGAGCACAGCAGUAGGUCCUCCACAAGCAGCCUGGUCCCGGCCCCUGAGCUGGGCCCCCAGCCCUCCGUGCAAGUCCAGGCACAGGUGAACAACAGCAACAACAAAAAAGGCACCUUCACAGAUGACCUGCACAAGCUAGUGGAUGAGUGGGCCAGCAAGACAGUGGGCACUGCACCGCUGAAGCCGUCACUCAACCAGUUGAAGCAGACCCAGAAGCUACAGGACAUGGAGGUCAAGGUGGGCCUGACCCCGGCAGCCAAAGAGGUUCGGACUGUGAGCCUACCAAAAGCAGAAGUGAAGAGGCCCUGCCUGACCGUGGGGCCAGGCCCUCUGUCCACUACAGUCAUCCCUGGAACUACUCUGGUCCUGCCCAUACCCAUGCCAGGUACUGCCCUCUCCAUGGUCCCAACUCUGCUCUGUGCAGGGCCUCGGGGCCCAUGUAGAGGCCUGUUCUCAGCUCCCAUGUCCUGAAGGUGCUGACUAGCUCAAAUGGACCAGCUUCAGGGGUCAAGGCAGCCAAAAUCUCAUUCGGGUGCCAGGCCUGGGUGUAUCCAGGCUUACCAGUGCUCCCAACAUACAUGCAGUCCCCUCAUCUAGCCCUAAGCUACAGAUCACAUAGCUUUCUGCCCUGCCACUGGCCAGAUGGAAAACUCUGAACAUCACAAAGAGAUGUGAUUGUGAUCUCGCUUUGAAGCAACCUAUCCUACCAGCCUGGGCGCAAUGCCCACGCCACAGGGCCAGUCUAGCUUCCACAUCCCCCUCAUCGUGACAGGCAGCCCUGUGUAUACCAGUAGGGAAUAGGGGAGGAACAGUGUGUUCAUGCAGUACUUGCUUCCUUUCUGCUAGAUACAGUCUUCAGUCCCAUUCUUGAGACAUUCCUAAGUCCCAGUGGUGUGCACUUAUGAUACUUACUCUAGUUGACCAAAUCGAUUAUCAGGACAUUGUCAUGAUCUUGCAAAAUAUGGUGCUUUGGAGUUAAGUGUUCCCAUUCCCUAAUGGAAAGAGAUGUUUAAAAGAAGUAUAUAUAUUUCAUCAAUGGCUCUUGAGUUAACAGCCUUAUCUCAUGUUUUAAGCUGCAGAGAUAGGAAUUGUUAACAAAUUGGAAGCUAAAUCAGACUUUUAGUUUUCUGUUGUAAGUGCCCCCCCCCCCACUUUUUAUAAGGGAUAAAAUGGAAUUGGUUAUCUUUAGUAUCGAAGAGUUGCAAAUAUUCAGCGAGUGCUGCUCAAUACUCAGAAAAGUAGGUCUCUCUGGAUUUAGCCAAUGAUUAAGGGAAGCCAGAUGGAAGCACAUUCUUAACUGGAGUAUUCUGCUUGCUUUGCUUGGGCUGCCGUAUGGCCAUGAUUUCUCAAGGAGGACAUUUUUAGCAGUGGCUGGCCUCUUAGAGAGGCUACAAAGAACCUGCUAGAAAAUGCUAAGUGAACAAACAAACUCUACAUAACCCAAAAGCUGAGAGGCUGCCCUGGGCUUCGUCUCCUGUCGGGUGAGGGUGGGUCAGUGUGUGUGAGGCAACCCUCCUGCUGACUCUCCUUUCUUUUCAACGAUUUGCACCGAGGCCCAUGAUCUCAGGAGCAGCACGCCCUUGGCCGCUGGCCUGCAGGUGGCCCUGUGGGCAGUCCUCCAGAUUGACUUGCUGAGGGCCAGGCGUCUCUUCUGAAGACUUCACUGGCACUCAUCCCAGAUAGGCAUAAAAAUGGCCCACUGUGGGGCCUGGAGGUACAGUCUCCUCUGCUGGCAAAGAUGCUAGAGAGCAGACUGCCUCCUAAUGCCGAGAUGUGGAUGGUAUACUCCUUUUGUACUUGGGAGCAUUACUAGAACUGAUUAAAUCAUUUUGGUUUGAGUGUAUUGUUCCAUUAAUUCAGUUAGAAUUGAAUUUUCUAGGUGGUUGUGCAGAACCUUCUGCCUGGACCCAAUGCUGCUGUUAAGCUAUUUAUAUUCUCUGUAUCGUGCACCCACGUCUGUUUGGAUUCGGAGUCAUGUCUCUCUUUCAUGAGUCAAAUUGCUAGCUACUCUCACAGUCUCUCCUCCAUCUCGCACCGAACCUAAGGUUUGCAGUCUCUCUCACCCAUUAGUCCUUGCCUUGCACAUGGGCAGCUGUAGCUUGAAAUUACCAAGAGACUGUGUAUAUUAAGGAGAAAAAUAAACUUUUGCUUGAAAACAGUGUGGAAAAAGUUGUUUUCUUCCUCCUCUCACAGAAGAGCAGGCCAUUUGGGGGCCUCUUAGGAAGGGUCAGAGCAGUGAGCAGAACUGCACUGGCCCUCCCUCAGGGGCCAGGGCAGCCAUCCCAGCUUUGUGUCCACAGGUGUGCUGCCAUCUCCACCACCACCACCACCCACCUUGAGGGGCAGGAAGCUGAAUAGAAGCCUGGGGUGAGGCCAAGGGAUGGCAGAGGAGCCCUACUGACAGGGCUGUAUUUCCCAUAGCCCGGUGCUGCCAGCCUUAAUUGCCAAAGCCCCAACUCUGCUGGUGGGUAAGGAUGUAGCCCAGCAGUGACCUGUGCCCACCCUGAAGCUCCCAGACUUGGCCAGCUUGGAGGUCCAGCUCUGCUGCCUCCCACCCAAGUCCCCGCCCUGAGCCUGACCGCAAGACAGUGAGGAGCCUCUAAACAUGUAUUACGUUUUCCAAAGGAGUGGGCCAAUGAAAGGCACCUGUCACC